AUGGGUAGCAAAUCGAGUGCGUUUGCAGCUCUGAAUCACCCUACACCCACAUCUCGGGACGAUACUCCAGAUUUAGAGUUGAAUGAUUCAGCAGACCCCAGAGAGGAAGAGAUUACCAACGGCUUGUCCGAGGAAUCCGAUACGUUGAAUCAGUUUCAGAUACAAGAAUUUUUGGAGACAUCUGCUCUUGAACCUUUGGAUACUUCCAACUUCACAGUUACUGAAGAAAAUGUUGUGUUUGGCGAGACUUAUGUGCGAUUCUCCUUGAAAGAAGAGGAGUAUCUUUUGCUUGGAGGUCAAUACGAACUAUCUGUGCAAAAAGGAGCUGUAAUAGUGAACGGGAUUUCAAUGAAUUCAGGAUCUAAUCCAGUAAAUGUUGUUGCUCCAAUGUUUAAGGCUCUCCCAGUAAUAAAAUCUGUCCAUUCAGAUGAUGCCUCAAGUGUGCUCUCACAGAGCUUUCAAUCAGUGAUAUUAGUAAGGGAUUACUCAACAGGUCUCCAAAAUGUGGGAGAAUUGCUACCACCACUAAGAAAUAUCUUCUCCUUCGUUUCUUCGGAUUCCAAGAAGUCACUGUCUCCAUACGAGGCAAAAUUCUAUGGGCACACAUUCACUCCCAUCUUACCACCCCAAAAAUCUCGUACAUCGGGAACACUUAUAUCUGACCAGUGGAAAUUGGCUAUGAACACAGUGACAAAAGGAUCUAGAAUCUUGGUUAUUGGAACCAAAAACAGCGGGAAAUCAACUUUCGUGACAAAUUUAAUCAAUCAGUUACUACAAUCAACCACAGUGAACGUGAUGGACAUUGACCCUGGACAACCAGAGUUCUCUUCCCAAGAUUGCAUAAGUUUGUCAGAGGUUGACUCUCCUAUCUUUGGUAUGAACAUGCACCAGUGUAAGCUUUUAGUUGAGCAUUAUACGGGAUUUUCAUCUCCCAGUAGGCAACCCACAAGAUACAUCUCAGCUAUGAAAGCAUUAACAAACUACUAUUGGUGUCACUUACACAAGAAGAACUUACCAUUAUUAAUAAAUACACCUGGCUGGAUAAAAGGGUUUGGGAUUGAGUUACUAAAAGACAUGUGUAGCUUUAUCAAACCCACUCAGGUAAUCUUCUUAACAUACCCUGAUUCAGACGAAGAGAAUGAGCUGAUGAACAGUUUGCGAACAGAAUUGUUUUUAAAGAUAACUGGCGUCCAUAACUAUAAUACUGCCAAAUCUUUACCCUCCCAUUUGAGAAGUUUACGAAUUCUUCAAUACUUCCACCAAAUUUCCCCACUACCAAGAUAUAAUUUUACACCCCUAUUGCAUAAAGCUCCGUACCGAGUUUCCUUUUCUGAUAAUGCUCUAAUUGACGGUGUGGCCAUCAGUUUUGUUACAAUUCUAGAUGCCUAUGAAUUGCAUCAUGAUGAUAUCCCUGGAGCAUUGGACGGCUGCGUCGUAGCCGUGUACUCAGUCCCAGCAACGAAAGUGGAAGAUCUUUUCUCCUCAGGAAACGUAUCCAUUACUAAAGGUUUACCUAAUUAUGUCUCUGAUUCUGUUUUCUCAACAGCAUUUGAUGAUCUUUACGAUUUGGAGGGCUGUCAUUUCUUUGGUCAUGCCCUCAUUCACUCCGUUGACCUUGUUCGGAAGGUAUUCAAUGUCUAUAUGCCCAAAAAUUCGACCCCUGCCCGGUCAUCGGACCAAACGUUGAUCUUGAUAAGAGGAAGAACCGAAAUACCUAUAGGAGAAAUAGCACCCAAGCUGAUAUGUGACCAGACAGAUGUUGCUAGAAGGAAUGGAAAAAUUAUUGCCGCACCAUACGUAACCUUUCAUAAAAGAAUGGGUAAGGGAUCCAAAGAACUCAGGUUCCGGAGAAAUAUUCUGAGGAACAGCCAUGGUGCCAAGUAG